UUGGGCAAACCAAAUUUUCCAGUCUACUUUUUCAGGUAAAGCUCCAGGGGUGGCAAUUCUGAUUCGUAGAACAGUUCCUUUUAGACACAUUUCCACUGUGACUGACCCAAAUGGUAGAUUUAUAUUGGUAACGGGAUAUUUAUACUCCUUUCAUGUCACGCUUCUUAACGUAUAUGGCCCUAAUUUUGAUGACCCGGGCUUCUUUAGAAAAAUAUUUAAUUUGCUUCCUGACCUGGCUGAUACUCAUCUAAUUUUGGGAGGGGAUUUUAACUGUGUGCUAGACAACUACCUGGAUAGAUCAACUCGAACAAGGCAGCCUCCCUCCUCCUCCUCUGCGGUUUUGAACACCCUUAUGACCUCAACAAAUCUGGUUGAUGCCUGGAGGUUGCAGCAUCCGGUGGAGAGGGAUUAUUCCUUUUUUUCAAAUAUGCAUAAGUCCUAUUCAAGAAUAGAUUACUUUCUUCUUGACUCUAAACUAAUAUCUAAUGUAAUAUCUUCAAAAUACCAUACACUUUUAAUCUCGGACCACUCUCCAGUCUCACUGACUCUCGACCUUAACCAUAAGAAACAACGGUACUUCUGGCGCUUUCACCAAUCCUUGCUAUCAGAGGAGACAUUUUGUAAAUUCCUACACGAUAAAAUUUCUGAAUUCUUAGACACUAAUGAUACAAAAGAUGUUACAGAUUCUACUCUAUGGGAAACUUUUAAAGUUGUGAUCAGAGGCCAUAUUAUUUCUUUCGAAAGUUUCUGAAAAACAAAAGGCGAGAACGUCUCGCAGGAAUUGAGACUGAAUUGGCACGCUUAGAAUUUAACUACAAGUCCUCUAAUGACCUUAUGACUUUACAAAACAUUUUUGCUCUAAAAUAUGAAUAUAACUCCAUCCUGUCCAGACAGGUGCUUGAUCAGUUGUUCAAAAUUAAGCAGAAACACUUUGAGCUGAGUGAUAAGCCCCACAGAUUAUUGGCUCGUCAACUGCGGGGUUUGCAGGCCAACAGGGCAAUUCAUAAAAUUAAGUCCAGGACAGGAAAAAUUAUAACUGAUCCAAAAGGUAUAAAUGACUCCUUUAAAGAAUAUUAUGAACGACUGUACAUGUCUGUAGUAUACUGAGUUAGUUACUCAGUUGAGUUUAGUUGUAUUACCCCAGUCCACUAGAGGGAGUAGUGGAAUAGCCUAGAGGAUAGUUCUAGAGAAGAAGACUAGGCUGCGAAGACGUUGAUGCCUGUAGUGUUAAGUUGUGUUCAAGACAGAAUAAACCUAUAAAAGACAACUGCUAAGAGUGACUCUACUUCUUAAGUGUGAAGAUAUCACAUAUUGGCGACGAGGAUACUGGCUAGAAACGGGAAGUACCGGAGUCAAGACGGAGGAAGAAAAGGACGCACGUUGUCGGGCGGAGACACACGAGGAGGAGAGAUUGCCAAAGGAGGUGAUUAGCGAGGCCGCCAUGAGCGCGACAUUCGGCACUCUGUCAGCAUUUGAUGCUAAGGAACAAACUUGGGAAGAAUACUGUGAGAUUCUUGACCAGUUUUUUGAAGCAAAUGACGUUGAUGAUAGUGCUAAACAGAGGGCUAUACUUAUUAGCGUGGUGGGACCAGCCACGUAUAAGCUAAUGAGAAACCUCGUGAGCCCGGACAAGCCCAGUUCUAAAACGUACAGUCAGUUGGUUACAAGGCUGAAAGAGCACUUUAAUCCAAAACCAAGUGAGAUUGUGCAAAGAUACAAGUUUGAUUCUCGUUCCCGUAAACCUGCUGAGUCCGUUAGUGCAUAUGUAGCAGAGCUCAGACGCCUGGCUCAAGAUUGUAAUUUUGGAGCUACGCUGGAACGGCGGCUGAGAGAUCGUCUCGUGUGCGGAAUCGCUGACGAUAGGAUUCAAAGACGUCUGCUGUCGGAGAGUGACCUGACAUUUGAAAAAGCAUUUCAGAUGGCUGUAGCCGACGAAGCUGCAAACAGGAACGUUUCAGACUUGCAACAGUCAGCGGCGUGUCACAGCAUGGUGGCAGAGAGAAAAGAAAAGAGAGCAGAUUGGGAAAAUAGAGAGAACAGGGAUCUGGUGCUGGCAUGUGACGCCUCUCCAUACGGCGUGGGAGCCGUGCUGUCACAUGUGAUGGAAGAUGGAAGUUUGUCACCUGCUGAACUGCUGAUGUCACGGAGAUUGCGUUCUACGCUGGAUCUCCUGCUGCCGGACAUAAAGGCUAAAGUGCGUAAGAAGCAAGAAAAGCAGAAGGAAUAUCAUGACAACCACAGCAAGUGGAGAAGUUUUUCUCCCGGCGAUGAGGUGUACGUCCGUAACUACAGUCAUGGACCGAAGUGGGUGCCUGCCAUCAUUUUAGGGGGCACAGGUCCAGUGUCUUAUACGGUGAAGAUGGGAGAUGGACGUGUUAUGCGGCGUCAUGUUGAUCAGAUCAAGAAACGACAUGUGAUGCAGAGGGACAUGGAUUGGGCUGAAGCACGGGAUGCUCCUCAGUUUCCAGAUGACGUAGUGACAUUUGGACCGGUGGACUCGGUGGCUCCAUCUUCAGGAGGAAAGGCAUUCGUGGAGUCUGCUGCUGAAGCAGCUCAGGGUCAUGUUCCUGAGGGGGAUGUGACAGACGUGGACAUCGAACAGAGAACAGAUCCAACACCACCAGUACUUCGCCGCUCAGAACGUCAAAGGAAGGCUCCUCCUUAUCUGAGUGACUUUUUGUGCAAGUAG